AUGCCUCGCGACGGAUCUGGUGCCUCUGACAACGCCGUUGAGGCCGGCCACGACAUCGUCCACGGCGCUGGUGCCAUCAAGGACCCUCACGUCGACCGCGCCGACAAGACCGCCCCCAUGCCCGAGAUCGAGAAGGGCCUUGCCAUUGACGGCAAGGACGCCAGCGGAGGCCAGAGCCAGGGUCUCGCCAAGGGCGAUAACGUUGGCCAGGGUGGUCGCUCCAACUAA